ACCAGGAAACAUGAACGUGAAAAGAGAAAACAAAACUGUAUUUGUAUCUGUCACUGUGUGCAGUCGGUGAAAUGGCAGAAGCCAGUAUUUCAGUGUUUCAUGAUCAGUUCACAUGUUCAAUCUGUCUGGAUCUACUGAAGGAUCCAGUGACUAUUAACUGUGGACACAGUUACUGUGUGAGCUGUAUUACAGACUGCUGGAAUCAGGAGGAUCAGAAGAGAGUUUAUAGCUGCCCUCAGUGCAGACAGACCUUCACUCCAAGACCUGCUUUAGGAAAGAAUGUGAUUCUUGCUGAGAUGGUGGAGAAACUGAAGAAAACUAAACUUCAGACUGAUCGAGCUGCUCCCAGUUAUGCUGGACCUGAAGAUGUGAAGUGUGACGUCUGUACUGGGAGAAAACACAAAGCUGUCAAGUCAUGUCUGGUGUGUCUGAACUCUUACUGUCAAACUCACUUUGAGCGACAUGAGGAACUUCAAUCAGGAAAACGACACAAAGUCACUGAAGCCACUGGAAGACUUCAGGAGAUGAUCUGCUCUCAACAUGACAGACUGCUGGAGGUUUUCUGUCGUACUGAUCAGUUAUGUGUUUGUUAUCUGUGUUUGAUGGAUGAACAUAAAAAUCAUGACACUGUAUCAGCUGCAGCAGAGAGAACAGAGAAAGAGAAACUAUUGGAGGACAACCAGAGAAAACACCAGCAGAGAAUCCAGGAGAAAGAGAAGAAGCUUCAGGAUCUCAGAGAGGCUGUGAAGACACACAAGAGCUCUGCACACACAGCAGUGGAGGACACUGAGAGGAUCUUUACUGAACUGAUCCGCUCCAUUGAAAGAAGACGCUCUGAGGUGACACAGCUGAUCAGAGAUCAGGAAAAGACUGCAGUGAGUCGAGCUGAAGGACUCUUGGAGGAACUGGAGCAGGAGAUUGAUGAUCUGAGGAGGAGACAUGAUGAGAUGGAGCAGCUCUCACACACAGAACAUCACAUCAGUUUCCUUCAGAGUUUCCAGUCUCUCUCAUCAUCCUCUGGAUGUACAGACAACAUCACUGUCAGUUCUCUUCUCUUGUUUGAUGAAGUGGGGAAAUCUGUCUCCAUACUAAAAGAAAAGGUGGAGGAUUUCUGUAAAGAAGAGACUGAAAAUAUAUCUGGCAAAGUUUCGUACAUUAUCAUUAUUCCCACCAAUGAACCAAGUACCAGGAUGGAGUUCAUACAAUAUUCCAGUAUGUUCUCUCUGGAUCCAAACACAGCACACAAGAAUCUCUGUCUGUCUGAAGGAAACAGAGCGGCUACUGGCACUGACACAGAGCAGCCGUAUCCUGAUCAUCCAGACAGAUUUGAUAACUGGGAGCAGGUGUUGUGUAGAGAGAGUGUGUGUGGACGCUGUUACUGGGAGGUCGAGUGGAGUGGAGAUAACACUGAAAUUGUAGUGUCAUAUAAGAGCAUCAGCAGAAAGGGAGAAUCAAGUAAAUGUUUAUUUGGAUGUAAUGAUCAGUCCUGGAGUUUGGUCUGCUCUUCCUCUAAAUGUUCAUUAUGGCACAAUAACAUAGAGACUAAACUCCCAGUAGUGUCCAGCUCAUCUAUAUUAGGAGUGUAUGUGGAUCACAGUGCAGGAAUUCUGUCCUUCUACAGCGUCUCUGACACAAUGACCCUCAUCCACAGAGUCCACACCACAUUCACUCAACCUCUCUAUCCUGGGUUUGUGUUACGUAAGAGCUCAACAGUGAAACUCAUCUAACAAAAUAAAGGUUUACAUUUUGAUUUAAAUACACAAGUGUGAUCUAAAAUAUUAAUAUAGUUUGACAAAUCGAAAGCUACAUUAAAAUACAUAUAUGUUAAACAUAGAUUGUACCUUUCAAGAAGAAGAAAAAGUUUCAUGUGUACAGUCUGUCAUCAACAUUGUUGAAUGUUACAGUAUGUUAAGAAAGACAGUUAAGGACAAAUAAAGUACAAUUAAACCUACAGAUAUUUUCUCUACUAUUCUGAGUGUUCACUUAAGACUAUAUUUC